AUGAAAACAUCAAAAAUUCUUCACUAUAAUACUUUCACGUUAGAACAUUCAAAACAAAUCUAUAUAACAAAGAAUAUGAGCGCUAGUGUAAAUACUAAAAAACCAUGUGUUACAUAUAACACGAGUGCUGGUAUUUUAACAUAUGACGGAUGUCAACAAAGAUUUUGUGGUAAAGAUGUUAUUUGGCAUCGACAAUAUUUAGCUCGGCAAUUAGAUGGUAUUAUACAAGAACAGGCUUUGAUUCAAUAUGAUAUUAAACAAAUAUCAAUUGAUAGCUCAUUAUUAAAAGAAAUUGAUCAAUGGGUAAAAGAAUCUUUAGCAAAGAUUCAUCGUGCUGCUGAAGUUUCACGAAAAACUGCUCAAAAAAUAGUUAAGCAAUCAAAAGGAAAGAUUUUUAAAAUAUAUCGUGAUUUAGAUAUUAAUCUUCGUUCAUUUCAUGCAGCUGAUGACUAUUUAGAAAAUGAUCUUAUUCAUUGGAUAGAGCAAUUAAAAAACCUUAAAUUAGAAAUUACAUUACCAUCUUCAGUUAAAAUUAUUAAAGACGAAAAAUCUAUUAUUCAGUUAAUUAAAGUUGAAAAUACUAAUUUAAAAAAUAAUAAAUCUACGAAUAGUAAACAACUGCCUUUAUUAACAAGUGCAUUAAAUUUAAAGAUUCAAGCAAAGUUUGUAGAUGCACUUGGACCUGUUACACUCAAAAAUGGAGGUUUUCUUGCUAAACAUACUGGUUUUUAUUCUGAUUAUAUUUAUUUUCGUGGUAAUUUACUUUAUUCUCAUAGUCAUCACAUGAUACGAUAUAAUUUACGGUGGAGAAAGCAAAAGUUCCGUACUUCAAGAAUAUGUCAAUAG